AUGGCUCCACCGCCGUCCCCCACCAGUCUCCAGAUCGAAUCCGUCGUAUUUCCACCAUCCGUCAAGCCUCCUGGUGCAACCACCACUUUGUUCCUCGUCGGCGCAGAUAUUAAUUCCCAUAUUCAAAUAAGUGUGAGAGGUAUGGAAAUCGAAGGUAACUUCGUGAAGUUCACGGGGAUUGGUGUGUAUCUGGAGGAUAAAGCUAUUCUGUCACUCACCGUUAAGUGGAAGGGCAAAAAUGCUGCUGAGUUGACAGAUUCCGUUGAGUUCUUCAGAGACAUUGUUACUGGUGUUAUUAAGUGGUUACAAAAAAGUAUAAUUACAAAUAAGGGCAAAAAGUAUAAUUUCUGCUUUGAUAUUAGGUGUUAUUAA